ACCUGCUCAGACAGGAAAAGGAAACAGGAGUUUGAACUGAAGCUAUGAGGGUCAAGUAGACUGCAUUUUUUCAAAGAUUUAAAUAGUUUAAUAGACAAACAUUUGAUUGAAAAAUGCCACAAACGAACAGCUUUACCUUAAAAAGUGUGCUGCUCAUAUUCCUACUCAUAUUUGGUAUAUUUUGGAAACACUGUAACGCACAGGUGAACGGAGAGGAAGUCAACAAGUCUCCAGAUGAACAUGGAGCGGACGACGGUGCUUUCUUCGCCCUGCGGAGCUGCCACCAGCGGCUGAACGGCGACAACGGCGAGUUUUUCUCCCCGGACUACCUCUGCUCCAAUCCGCCUCUGUGGUGCAACUGGACUGUCCAGGUGGAUCCUGGGAAGCGGAUCCAUCUCCACCUGGAGGACUUGACCCCCGAUGAGGCCUGCCACCUCAAACAGGACCAGAUCCACGUGGAUGAACCCGCCAGCCAUGUGGGGAGUCACAAGGUCCUGCAGAAGUGCUGGCAAGAGGCCAAAUACACCUCGUCCUCCAACACUCUGUAUGUAGUGCUGCUGAUUGGUGGUUGGCCCAGCCUACCUUAUAGGGGCUUUUAUGGUCGCUACCAGGCGUUUGGACCGCCAGUGGUUUACAACCCGCAGGAAGGCUUCACAGAGAAAGACAAGACGUCAGAAACUUCUCAUGAACUAUUAGACUUCAGUGAGUUUGGACCAGUGACGGCUGGUGAACAGAUGGAGUCAGGUUUGCUGGAGCAUCUGUCACCAGUAAAUUCUGAUCUAAUGUAUGAUUAUUAUGAUCAACCUGCCACCAUGACGGCUGGGCUGCUGGGAGACACAGACACUGAGGUAGGGGAAAACUACCAUCUAGCCUCAAAGAACUACAGCCAUGUCUACCCGUUCACAGCGAUGCCCACAGUGCCAGGAUCCACACAGGGGACCUCCCGAUCAGGAAGAGGUGCCGCCCAAACCCCUUCAGACCAGUCUGACCCUGCCGUCCAUCCUGCGUCUCUACAGGAGCAACAUGACAGUCCGAGCCUUCACCCCAACCCCUCCCCUCACACCCCAACAGCAAUAGGAAGGAAUGCAGAGGUAGCUUCGACCCUUCCACAAGAAGAAGCUGCUGUUCCUGGUAACACAAGUCUGCAGAGCCGGUCAGAAGAGGAGAAGUCUGCUGAGGGCUCUGGACGAGCUGCAGAGGGUGAAAACAGGACGGAGGUCAGCCAGGCCUCAGACCAGCAUCCCUCAGCCUCUGAAGCACCAGAGCCAGAGGAGACCGAGCAGAUUCAUCCUCACCCCAACAUGGUGGAGCCGCUGUCAGACCACAGAGGGAACUUGAACGUUAGAAAUCAUUCUGAAAUCCCACUUCUUCCUGGUGAUCACCUGUUUGAAGCGGCUGUUGAGGUGAAUUUCAGUGCGGAUUUGGAGGAGUCCUGGGACGACCUGGCCAAGUCACUGCUGAUGUCAGUAAAGGCUUUGAUCAGUAAGCAGCUGGAAGCUCUGCAUACACCGCUGUCCAUUUCUCCUAAAAGAAUAAAAAGGUUGAGUGCAGGAGUGCUGUACAUCCUCUGGCUGCAGAUCAGUCAGGGGCCCGGCGGUCCGCGGGUCCACCGGGCCGUCCACUCCACGAUACAGAGCCUCAUCGCCACCGGCUUCGGCCUCAGAGGAAACCACGAGAAGGCCGUCGUGAUAUCGGUGUCGACUGCAGAUGUGAAUGAGUGUGGGACUCAGGUGGUUCUGUGUGACGUUAACGCAGACUGUGUGAACCGGUUCGGUUCAUACUCGUGCCACUGCAAACCAGGCUUCCAGGACGAGUCCCGCCUGGGUUCGGGGGGAACCGUCUGCGUGGACGUAAAGACGACAGGUUGCAGCUCAGGCCUGUCUGCUGAGACUAAAGGCGUCUACGUGCUUUUCUUCCUGCUCAGCUCCCUCAUCCUGAUGCUGCUGGUGGCGGCCGGCAUGUUGUACCGCCGUCACCACCGGGGGGCGUUCUCGGUUCGCUGUCACAGCUGCAGCAGCAUCAUCUCUCCUCCUGACCCCAACAACCCCAACAACAACAACAACCACCACCACCACUAUCGUGAUGACAGCUACUCCAGCCCCGCUGACUCUGACCUGCCCCCGCCGCCCCCGCCUGCCCGGGGCCCCAGGGAGGGUUGGCCCCAGGUGAAGGAGCGCUGCCCGGCCGUGGAUCUGCCGCUGCUGCGCUUCAGCCCGCUACUGCCACCGGACGGCUACAUGGAGCCACAGGAGGGAGGGAAGAUGUGACGAGACGGCGGACUGAGAACCACGAUGCUCCGCAGCAUCUUAACUCUUCACUCAUUGUAUUUUUGUUUCUCCUUGUGUCAGAAUGUCUGAUACUGUCGUCCACUGUUGUAAUCUGUUGAAUUAAAGUCACAAUGAAACAGCA